AUGGAGUCUAGUAAAGGGCCACUUUCGUAUUACAGCACUCUUGGGGUACAUACACAGUCUUCCGAUGAAGAAAUACGACGUGCUUACCGUAAGCUUGCUAUGCAAUGGCAUCCGGAUAAAUGGACUAAAAACCCAAAAAUGCUUGGUGUGGCUAAGCAGAAAUUCCAACAAAUUCAAGAAGCCUAUUCAGUGUUAUCGGAUAGAAGGAAGAGGACAAUGUAUAAUGCAGGGGUUUAUGAUCCUGAUGACGACGAUAAGGAGGUCGAAGGAUUUGCUGAUUUUCUUGACGAAAUGGUGUCUCUUAUGGAUGAUGUGAGGAAAGAGGGUAAAACCUACAGCUUUGAGGAACUACAAAGUAUGUUUUGGGAGAUGGCUCGAGGUUUUGAGACUACUCAAUGGACAAGUUCUCCUCAGCAAUCCAUGUAUGAGUUUCAAUGGUGUUCUGGACAUGGUCUUUAUUGUUCUGGAACUCCAAUGGGAAGUUCAUGGGAAGCAAGCCCAGCCUAUGAAAUGUACGCGGCAAAUAGGUUUUGCCAAUGA